AUGGACUCACCGACUACAAGUGUUGUUUCCUCAUUUCUCGAGGCUGCUUAUCAGGGCGAUAUGAAUCGCAUGAAGGAGCUUAUGGCCAGCAACUCCGGUCUAUCUGUUAAUGUUCAAGACUAUGAUAAGAGAACUCCUCUUCAUUUAGCUGCUGCUGGUGGUCACAUGGAUGCUGUCCAAUAUUUGUUGGGUGAGGGGGCUCAGCUCAAGACUGAUCGCUUCGGUAUGCUUCCUAUCCACGAUGCUGUGGUGAACCAUCAUAGCGACAUCAAGGAGGUGCUCGGUCAACUCGACCUCAAGUGUGAUGAUGCCAUGUGCUAUCUUUCCCCUGAGAAGGAGGAGGCUUUGAGGGAGCAAGUGAAGAACACCAAUAUCUCUCUGACUCCUGAGGAUUUGGAAACCAAGAUGACUCAGGUCUUUUCUAUCAUUAUGAAGGAAGGAGAUCGUCUACUACUUCACUGA